AUUGGCAAGGGCGGCGAGACCAUCAAGCGGCUCCAGUACGAGUGCGGCGUCCGCGUGCAGAUCGCUUCGGACCCCGAGCCCAAGGACCCGAACGACGCCCGGGCCGUCGAGACGCGGCGCAUCGCGAUGACGGGCACGCCCGAGGGCAUCGACCGCGCGAAGCGCGACCUCGACGACAUGCUGCGCACGCGCCAGAAUUCGAGCGCGUCGAACCCGGCGAACGCGGCCGUCGCCGUCGACUUGGUCGUCGCGAACGACAAGGUCGGCCUCAUCAUCGGCCGCCAGGGCUCCACCAUUAAGGGCAUCCAGGAGCGGUCCGGC